AUGACGCGACUUAUAAGUCAUUAUAGCCAUAUCACCCUUCCGCUAGCCCAGAAUCGCUACUUGUUUGGCUCCUCUAUUCCAAAGCUACCUACUAUACCACCUUUCUUACCCCCAGACUUUACCUACCGUAAGGAUAGUGCUAUCCGCCUCGGAACUAUACUUAAGCACCCCCUUCGGCCACUAAGUAUCCUAGCUUCCGAGGGUAACGGACUACUAGCCGACCUUAACCUACUAGAAGAGGAGAGUAUCGUAGAACGGAAUUAUAAAUAUCCUAGAGAAGCGGGCGUCUCUAUCGGGAUAAAACUGUGGUCUACUUUUCGCAAAGUUGUAUUAACUAGGGCCGAAAUAUCGGUAGAUCGAUCUCGCGUUUAUAACUUCGGGAAAGUGGACCAUAAGGUAUGGGCUUUCAACCGUAAACUUAGCGAUAGGUACUUAGAGGGCAUUGUAUUAGUGCCCAAGGUACGAAAGUACAUAGAUUCCGCUCUCUUUGGCCGUAAGCCCGUCUACAUCAUCACUGGGGUCCGCAUCACCAAAACUUUAUUCGCCGUCUCUACUCAAUCCAAUACAACCGUGUCUGCCCAGACUUCAACCUCUACCAGCGAUCCAACUAACACAACCCCAUUCACGGCUGGCGGUGACGGGAAUAUACGAGUCACAAACAUAGCGGGCGACUCAUAUGAAACCGCGCCAAGUAUUUUAUUCGCGUACCGUGUAUAUAUUAUCCGCGAUGCAGGCAGCGGCGAAAUAAAAGAAGAUUUAUUCUCUUAUAAAAAAGUAUUUAUAACUAGGACUAGUGAUCUAGAUAUUGAGUGCUUAGAAGUCAGCCCGUAG